UGUUGGUGACGCAGCCUCCGGGUGAUAAGCGUCGAGCCGGAGCCGCAGUUUUGCCAGCGAGUGAGAUUCAGUCGGGAAGCGGCGUCGACAGGGCCGGCCGGUCGGUGAACUUAGCCCCUGCUUUCCCCCCGCAGCUUCAGCUUUGAAAGAUGACGUCUAGGAAGAAAGUUUUGCUGAAAGUCAUCAUCUUGGGCGAUUCAGGGGUAGGAAAGACCUCGCUGAUGAACCAGUAUGUAAACAAAAAGUUCAGUAACCAAUACAAGGCAACAAUAGGGGCAGACUUUCUAACAAAGGAGGUGAUGGUGGACGAUAGAUUGGUGACAAUGCAGAUAUGGGACACAGCAGGGCAGGAGCGUUUUCAGUCAUUGGGUGUGGCAUUCUACAGAGGAGCUGACUGCUGCGUGCUGGUCUUUGAUGUAACGGCGCCCAAUACAUUCAAAACCCUUGAUAGUUGGAGAGAUGAAUUUCUCAUUCAGGCUAGUCCACGAGAUCCAGAAAACUUUCCCUUUGUGGUCCUUGGUAACAAGAUAGACCUGGAAAACAGACAGGUCACCACAAAAAGAGCACAGGCAUGGUGUCAGAGUAAAAAUAAUAUACCCUACUUUGAAACCAGCGCAAAGGAGGCAAUAAAUGUGGAACAGGCUUUUCAGACAAUUGCACGGAAUGCACUUAAACAGGAAACGGAAGUGGAGCUCUACAACGAAUUCCCAGAGCCAAUCAAACUAGACAAGAAUGACCGAGCAAAGACUUCAGCAGAGAGCUGCAGCUGCUGAGUGGGAGGGAUGAUCCACAGUCCAGGCCUUGACCAGUCCUCAUUCUGUCCUUCCCCUUUGACCACAAGCCAGAUUUCUUCAUGCACCUUGGAUAUUGCCUCUGUGCACAAGGAAGAGCUGCACCUAA